UCGGCCUUCCACGGGGGUAUAUAUGGCCGCCGGACGUCGUCUUCGUUACAGUGUCUUCCGAUCCUCCGAGAUACACACGACCGGCACGUUCAGCACCAUGAACUCACUUGGAAUUGAGCUGUUGGCUAUCAUUGCAGUAUUUUCUGUCAGCCACGUGUUGGCCGGCCAUCACCCGUGCAAUGCUGGGACACCCGACUUCCAGGAGUGCGUGCGCGCCAACCUGCAACAUCUGAUUCCACAACUGGCCAAUGGUCUGCCCAACAUCGGCGCUGAACCCAUAGAGCCGCUGCGGGACCUGCCCAGCCUCAUCCACAGCUCCCCCAGCCUCAAGACGCAGUUCGACGAUGUUUCCCUCAGUGGACUCUCCAGUGUCAUCGUCAAAGACAUGCAUGUGGAUCUGACGACAAAUACCAUCCGUAUCGAGUCUACGUUCCCUUCCCAGCUCGUAGGCACUGGAGUCCAGACGACAGACGCUGAAAUCAUGGGAAUCCCACUGAGGGGAAGUGGGCCCUUCAAGGUCACUAUUGUCCGACCGACGCUGGACCUGACUCUGCGCGGAGCGCCAUCCGUGGGUCCUGACGGACAGACCUACCUGCAGCUCAGCUCAUCCGAGGCGCACCUCGAGCCCGGCACCCUCUCCAUCGAAGUGGCCGGACUCUUCGGCCAGUUCCCGCCGCUCGAGAGAGCGGCUAAUGCGUUCGCCAACAGCGUGGCUGGACCAGUGCUUGAGGAGCUGCGCCCGAGCCUGGAGAAGUGGCUGGCCGGCAUAAUGCUGCAGCGUGCCCAGGCGGUCUUCAGCACGGUGCCCUACGACGCGCUCUUCCCGGGUCGCACGCCCGCCGUCGAAGGCCUAUUCAGGGCCUUCCCGUCGCUGCCACUGCCGCUGGUGCCCCGCUACUACAAGUAGGCGCCGUGCCCCACCCACCACGUCUCCACAGCUGCCGGGCGGGCAGCAGUGCUACACACGUGGCAGACUGACAGAUAGUACCCACUCAUUGAGAGUGCUCUAAGUUGCUGUAAACAGCGUCAAUUCUUUCGAACUAACACAUCAACAUCACAAUCAAAAAACUCUAUACAAAAAACAUUACGCCGAAUACUGUUUCGUAAUAGAGUGCAACUUCAAAGACAAUGCCGUGGCUAUAUGAGUGUGUAUUCAUAUUCUUUUGUCAUUUGUGUCUAAUGUAUCUAGUUCAGCUGCGUAAUUUUUAGUUGCCACCACUAAAUAAACGAUUUAACGU